GUUUAGGAGCAGUCAAUCAGACAAUCCCAGAUUUCAACUUCGGUUAGAAGUAAGCGGCAUGUUGUAUGAAAACCGGCAAAACACAAUUCAUAAAUCAUAAGUUGUAUUGUUAAAGACAAGACGUUUAUGCUUUAGGCUAACCAUGUUCAAUUCCAGAAAUUCCUCCAUUAAACCUGGCACAUCGCCAUUUAACAUGUCAAACCAGGGAAACCAAUCUAUGCAGACGAGAAGGGUGGCCAGCGUAUUCACUCCUCAAAGAAAACAGAAAGGAAAUUUUAACAGAUCUGCCCUUUCUACAUCUCAUGUUGUUGAAGAAACAUCCAAUUUCCGGAUUGAAAAAUAUGGCCUUUCCCUGCCAGUACUGAUUACUGAGGCCCUUACGUAUGCAGACAAAUCCACCCUAAUCAGUGUUAAAACUGAUGAGUCUGGCUGGGCAUGGCUAGUGGGUGGCAGAAAGCUGUUUGUCUGGAGACACAAACAGGCUCAGAGUGGCAGAAACAUUCUGUGUAAAGAGCUCACACUUCCGCCGAGUGACCUGGCUCACAGCGCUGAUAGGGUGUGCGUGAUCCCCAGUGGCAGUGAUGGCCAGACAGCGGCCUGCGUGGCCGUGUCACCGGAGGGCGUGGUGCGAUACUGGUCCAACAUCGCGUACGAGACCUCCUCCAUGGAGAUUAGCGCAGAACUGAAAGGGGAAGAGUGUGACACUGUCAUAAAUCUAACGCCCUACGGAUGUUUGCUUGCUACAACUACAAGCUCUCUUGUCAUGAUAGCAUUCACACCUGGGCAGAAUGCAGUCACAUGUCGGCCUCUCAAAUCAGGUCAGGGCAUGUUUUCUGGUAUUGGACGCAGGAUGUCCUCAUUGAUAUUUGGAGGUGGACAGACACAAGCCAUCGGAGCGCCUUUACAGUCAGUGAUAGCUGGUAACUUUGAAGAGGAUGAAAGGCCCUUCUAUGUACUGUCGGGCACACUGUUACAGAAGUGGGUUGUUGGAGACUACAACGUGGAACGAUUUCUGUACCAAAUAGAUGCGGAUCGUUUGUUCAAAGAAGAACUAGCAAAGACUGUAUGGAACAGGAACGCCAUACAGCUGUCCCAGCUCACUACCUGGUUAUUGGACAUGCAGCUUACCAGUGAGGGUGUGAUGUUGUUGGGAGCCGGUAUCAACCAAGAGUCCCAACCCAUUGUGCAUUACGCCAUAGCCACCAUUGCCACGGAGAGCAGUGGAACACCUUCCAAGCUGGAGUCCUUCAAAGUGCUCGAGUUUGUUAAGCGAUAUGAGGAAGAAAAGGAGACGGAGAUACUUGGAUAUAAAUUGGUGGUUCCAGAGAACAAGCAGGAAAUCAUCUACCUGUAUGAUGACUCCUUGAUCGUCAUGGAAAGUGGUGCUGGAGAACCAUCAGAAGAGUUGCCUGCCCCUGGAGGUCGACUGCUGGGAGCCGGUAUAUGUGACAAUACAGCUAUAUUCUUCUCAGUGACACAAGGCUUUAUCAGUGUCGUGUCCACACAGAGGCAGGAGUUCAGCAUCCUAGAUGACACCGCUCAAGAAAUUGUUUCCAAAGCAGACAUUGGUCAGAUGACGGCCAGUAUGGCACAGAUAGAAGAACUUAGCAUGAGAGAUGAUCGGUCUGCCAAACUGAAGGCUGCAUUUCUUAGUGCCUGUAGUGGAAACCUGAGAAAAGCUGAAGAGAUGAUUGAGGAGUUAUUCCCCGAUGAACCAGUGGGUAACCAGUCUACAGAGAUAGAUAGACUGGUUGCUGGUCUGAGUCGAGACCUUAUUGAUGACUAUCCAGCAUCCGACCCACGCUGGGCUGAAACCAGUAGACCUGACACAGGUAGCAGCACGUCAUCCCUGAUAAUCCUUCAGCAGCUAAGGGACAAGCAGAAAGCACACGAGUACAUCAUAAACUUCCUCAAGAAACUCCAUCUCUGGGAGAAGUUGCACACAAUCAAAGUAGGGGAAGGUGUGAUGUCCACGCGUCAGUUGCUGUGCCAACACGCUGAACAACUGGAAGCUGCUAUAGUUCUACGAGAAAUGCACGCAGAGUAUUCAACAGUGAUUGAUCCAGCCAUACGCAAGGUCCUAUCAGCUAGAGGGCAGCAGGCCCUGCCUGGGUUGUCUCCCCACGAUAUCUUCUACAGGGAGGUUUCCCAAGUUCAGGACAUAUUCGAAGCAUUGCUGGACUAUGAGACUGACAUCAUGAAGGGAAACUUCACACCUGCCGACAUUAUCAUUAUCAUCAUCACUGUCAACCCAGUACUCGAGGCGAUGCUCCAUGCGGCCUUGCAGCACCGUGAGAACAGGUUCAGCCUCUACAGCAGUGCCCGAGAUCUGAAACCGAGACCAGAGUUCAUACCCUGGACCUCCACCACCGGCACGUCUGGGACACGUACCAUUCUACUGAAACAGAUUCAGCUCACCCAUCAGUCUGGUAUAGCGGAAUGCCGUGAUGUGGAGACGCGCUCCCAGCUCUUCCAGCAGGUGAUGGGUCUCUCGGACGUGAUCCUGGAGGGCUACACUGCACAGAUUGCCUCCCUUGUGGACAACCCUGACAUGGCUGAGUACAGGAGCCAGCUACAGGACCAGUUUGCUCAACAGAGACGGGCUCUCAUAGCACCAUUCUUGGAGAAUGACCAGUUUGAGAGAGCUGGUUCCCUGGCUGAGAAGUACUGCGACUUUGAGAUGCUGAUACGUGUGUGUGAGGCUACAGGGAACCAGGACAGGGUGCAACGCUACCAGACACAGUUUGCUGACAAGGGCUUUUCAGAUUUUCUCUUCUCUUGGUACAUGAAGGAAGGCAAGCAAGGACGUCUGCUGACUCUGCCGAUACCCCAGCACACACAGCUCCAGAGUUUCCUGCAGAAGGACGAGUUUGGAUACCUAAAAUGGCUGCACGACAUUGAGUGCAAGAACUAUAGAGAAGCUCAUACAACGCUUCUGAAUCUUGGAAGGAAUGAAGAGACCUAUCUUGCAAAGAAAAAGACAUUGUUAAGCCUCAGCAAGCUGGCAGCGUUAGCCUAUGGAGAUGACGAUGAUGAGAUAAAUGCCAAUAUUAGAGAUAUCAACGAAGAACAGGAGUUGAUUCUAAAUCAGGAGCUUCUUCCAGUGGAACUACUCGAGCAAAUGAAUGUUGAUGCUGAACACAUGAAAGUCCUGUCUCCAGUUGAAUUAAUACAGCUGUACAUCUGUGAUGAGAACCUGACGGCCACAGAAUAUGACUUCAAGAAGGCCCUCGACCUCAUGCAGUUCAUUGACGCAGAGGAUCCUGCCAUUGAUUAUGACGACAUUCGGACCAGCAUCUGGUGUCGUUCUAUCCUGAGAGACAAGGCCAGCUGGACCCACACACCUACAGGAGAUCCCCUGGACAGUGUGAGGGACACCAUCUUCUUCAAGACUGUCUCACUGGCCAUCACAGACGGCUGGGAACCACAACAAUUUCUACCGGAUAUUCACCUGCUUUUGUCAUCGGAGAUCCUGGGUGGGCUGGGAACCAACAAACAGCUACAGUUUCUACUGAGGGCAGUGUAUGAACUCACGCAGACGGUCAUACAAUGAACAACUUGAGAGAAAAAAGAACUUAUGAGGUCAUGUGGAGGUCACAAUUUUGUGAAAAUAAUCAUUCUGUGUUCAGACCACAACAGAUAAUUACGUUUGGUUUAAGGAAGAACAAUGGAUGCGUUUUGAAAAGAUUUGUUUGUAAUUGUCUGCUUGUCCCAGUAAUUGUACAGACAAGAGAGAUUUUGUUAGAACUUUACUUGUGUAAUAGCUGUGGAGUUAAGCGGCUAACAAGGAUGAAAAGUCUUCAAGCAAUAUAAGAAUGCCACCAUGGUUAUUUGUUGAUGACAUGCAUGAACGGGCACAGCUUGGUGACGUCAUUUGCUGAUUGAGUGGGUCAUGUGUUCUCUCAAUAGAAGUUAAAUAGAAGUCAUAGAAGUUAUAUUGACACUUUGAAAAUACAUCCAACUUAUGAUGGUUUAAUAUUGUACCAUAGACCGAUUAUUAUUUUGGUGAUGUUAAGAUAUAUUCAAUUUCAAAAAAUGAAUGAUAUAAACAGUGUUUUGUUCA